UCAGCGUAAAAGGGAAAAACCUGAGAGAGAGGAGACAGAUGAGUCCGGACUCCGAGCUUGCAGCACACAGCAGGAUGGAGGCUCCGUCUCGCUCGUCCCAGAAGUACCUGCUGCUCCAGGUGUGGUGCGGGAUCCUCACUGUGUCCCUGGUGGCCAUGGCGGUGUUUGUGGCUUCCAUCAGAUCCAAACCAGAGGAGGUGAGUUUCCCAGAUCCAAACAAGCUUCUGCCCGGGUUUAAGAAUGUCAAGCCUGAUGCCCUCUCCAGGAUGUUCGAGUCGGAGGAGGAGAGUCACCACCAAACCUCUGAGUUUAUCCUCCCCGACUCCGUCAGAUGUGCAGUGACCAGGCUCGAUCUAGAAAAGGAGGUCAGGGAUUCCCUGAGAGAGGUGCACAUCUCAGAGGCCUGUCCCAAGAACAGACUUUUUGUCCCUCAGGAGGAAGAUUCUGGGCUAAAGACACCCGCCGACCUCCCUCUGGUCUACUUCAUCCCCUUCCUGUUCUCUCCCGGCCUUGGGCAUCUGGAUGAUCCUGGAUGGCAGGAACAUGUGGUCUGUGCGUCCUGCUCGCUGUCCCUCCAUCAGAACUCCAUCUACAUCAGCAACAGCUCCGCCCGCUCCCGCUUCUUCAUCUACGCCCAGGUGGUCUUCAGGAGGCAGAAGAAGCACGGCCUGUCGGUCAAGCUGAUCAGGAACCCGUCUCCAGGUAAAAAGGAGAAGACGGAGGCCGAGGUCCCGGCAGCGGAGGCGGGCGGCCUGGUCUGGAUGGGGCGCAUCGUCAGCCUGAAUGGAGGCGACAGCGUGAGGCUGAACAUCACGGGAGAAUAUGAGAGAGACAAAACCUUCUGGGGAGCUUUCCAGCUCCUCUAAGCCCCCCCACUGGUUAGACUGGUCAGACUGGAGCUGUCCAUGGUAUUUUGGUGAAGGGACACUAACUCCACCAACAUGCUUCAGAUUUGACCUCUGACCUCCUGUAUCUGAAUGUUCUUGGUUUGUUAAAGCUGAGAACAAGCGAAUGUAAACUGUGACGCGGAGCGCUCCCUCCUAUGUGUGUCAA